AUGUCGGUACUACUCGAGACCUCGGCUGGCGAUAUCACGGUCGACCUCUUCGUGGAUGAGGCGCCGAAGUGCUGCAGAAAUUUCCUGAAGCUCUGCAAGAUCAAGUACUACAACUAUUCGCCGGUAUACAACGUCCAGUCAAACUUCUCGUUCCAGACAGGUGACCCGAUCGGGCCUGAAUCGAAAGACAGCGAUGGAGGAUCUUGCGUGUGGGCGCUGCCGGAUGGGAGUACCAAGCGAGCUUCCAGAAAGGAGAGAACGACAUUUGUUCCUGAGAUGUCAAAGAAGAGGAAGCACAUAGAGCGAGGUACAAUGAGCAUGGCAACUUCACAAUCCAAGUCGAAUCCAGACGAGCGAUUGGCGAGCAGUCAAUUCAUCAUCACGCUUGGUGAGAACGUUGAGCAGCUGGACGGGAAAGCUGCGAUCUUUGGAGAGGUUGUUGAAGGUUUCGAUGCUCUGGAGAAGAUCAACAACACAUUCGUGGACCAGUCUGGCCGGCCGUUACAGGACGUCAGGAUACUGCAUACGGUUGUGCUUGACGAUCCUUUCGAUGAUCCGGCGGGUAUCAUUGAACCACCGCAAAGCCCGCUACCAUCCACCGAGCAGCGUGCAACAGUCCGCAUAGCGCAUGACGAAGUGCUGGAGGAAAACGACGAUCCGGAACAACUGGAGAAAAUCAGACGAGAACGAGAAGCACGUGCCCAGGCUCUCACGCUCGAGCUUAUCGGUGACCUGCCUUUCGCAGAAGUCACGCCGCCAGAGCAGAUAUUGUUUGUAUGCAAGCUCAACCCGGUGACUCGAGAUGAGGAUCUAGAGCUCAUCUUUUCACGAUUCGGCAAGAUCUUAUCCUGUGAGGUGAUACGGGACAAAAAGACGGGUGACAGCCUUCAGUACGCCUUCAUCGAGUUUGGCAACAAAGAGGACUGCGAACGGGCUUACUUCAAGAUGCAAGGUGUUCUCAUCGACGACCACCGCAUUCAUGUGGACUUUUCGCAGAGUGUGUCAAAGCUAUCGAAUGACUGGCGCAGUACGACCAAUUCGAAGACGGCGAGGUCACGUGGCGGCUUUGGAGGCAUCGAAGGCUUGGAGAAGCGGAGACAGUACCGAGGGGCGGAGGGUGCUCGUGAGCGUGGCGAUAAAUAUGGCUAUGUCUUUGAUCGCGACGAGCGCCGAAGACGAGAGGAGAGGGACUCGGACCGUCCAAAACAACGAUCGCGCAGCCGCAGUCCUUACCGUCGCGACCGCUACGAGAAGGAUAGGGAUGAUGGAAGGAGGAGCAAGCAUCGCGACUAUGAUGACCGCACUCGGGAUGACGGCAGGCGAAGACGCAGUCGCGAGCGCUACUCGGGAAACCGCCGUCGUCGCUCGAGAAGCUAA